CAACCCAAAAAUUGACACAUCAUGGGAGGAGCAACGCCCUCUGGAGGCCUGAACCUCAACAUCAACUGGAAAGAGCAUCGCUGGGCAAUUUUCUUUUGCUUGGUGGCUACGAUUGGUGCAUUAUGCUAUGGUUAUGAUACCAUCUACUACACCGGCAUCCAGGGCAUGAGAUAUUUUGCCCGCGACUAUGGCCAGCAAGAAGCCGACGGCAGCUACGAGCUUGGAACGACCUUUUUGUCCGUAUCGGCAUCGAUCAUCUACGUUGGGGAGUUCUGUGGAGCACUUCUGGCGGCACCCAUCAACGACAAAUUGGGCCGGAAAGCUGUCUUCGCAUGUGCUGCCACCUGCAUCAUCAUUGGUGCAAUUGUGCAAGUCUGCGCCUAUAGAAUCGCCGGCGUAUUCUACCUUGGCCGUGUCUUCGUCGGCUUGGGCGUUGGGCAGUUCACGGCGACCUGUCUGAUGUAUGUUGCAGACGUUGCUCCAAGCGCGAUCCGAGGACCAGCUUUGAUGAUGUUCCAAUUCAUGCAAUCCAUCGCACAAUUUGUGGGAGCCUGCGUGAACCAAGGGACUGAAAAUAUCGAUGGCGCCGCUCAAUAUCGACUUCCUAUGGGACUUUUAAUCAUCCUUCCACUGACGAUGCUGAUCCUGCUUACCAUAACCCCGGAAUCGCCAGUGUGGUACAUGUCAAAGAACAGGCGCGGAGAUGCUAAGAAGUCGUUGGAGAAAAUCAAUCGCAGUGCGCCGUCCUACAAUGCCGAGACAGAUCUGAAAGUCAUCGAGGACCAGAUCAACCUUGAACGAGAAAUGGCAGCGGAGUCGAGCUGGUCGUCACUAUUCUUGGACCCUGUCGAGCGACGCAAACUCUUCUACGCCUGUGGAGUAAUGUUCGUGCAGCAGAUCAACGGUAUUCAGUUCUGGUAUACCUAUGGCGUAGUCUUCGCCCAAUCAAUCGGAGUCGGUGAGCCAUUCACCAUCAACACGAUCAUCUAUGUCGUACAGAUCAUCACUGUUGGCCUAUCCGUUGUUUUUGGCAACCGUAUUCGAAGAAGGACGAAUUUGCUCGUCUGUACGAUUGGAAUGCUGGCAUCGCUCGUUGCUGUUGGAGGGCUCGGAACGGCGAAAGACGCAGAAGGAAACUUCUCUCGCGGUGUUGGGAUCGGUAUUGUCGUCUUUGCAUAUUUCAACAUCGUAUUCUACAACUUCUCGAUUGGCACCCUUUCUUACACCAUCGCAUCAGAAAUGGCUGUUGGACGAAACAGAAACAAAAUUACCUCUUGCGCUCUUGGCACGUUCUUCUUCACCGUCUGGUUGAUGGUCUUCACAAGUCCUUACAUGUACUACGAUGCGAAUCUUGGACCGAUGGUCGGCUUCGUCUACGCCGGCACCACAUUACUCCUCCUCGCAUACUCUUGGUUCUGCGUCGGCGAAACUACAGGCAGGACCAACGAUGAACUCGAACGUUUCUUCAUCGAAAACAUUCCUGUUCGAUUGUGGAUAUCUCAUGUUUUCGAGAACGAUACUUCCUCGUCAGUUUACAGCGAUGGAAAGGAAAAGGACGCUACAGCCUUAGCAGUACGGGUUAAACAAAAAGUCUGAGAAGAGUUGGCAAGCUGCCUCAUAUCUCCUUCGUAGC